AUGGCUCUAGCUCACCAACUACAGCUGCACCAGAUAGGAUGCCUUCAUAGGAACGCCGCCGCCCUGCGCGCCACCCCUCGCCCCUCCCUGGCGCGCACUGUGGCGAAGGCCGUCACGGAGACGGAGGCCGUGGGCGCUCCCACCUCCUCCAUCGACUGGGACAACCUGGGCUUUGGCAUCCAGGGCGUGGCACCGAGCAUGUUUGUGGCCACCUUUGACACCGAAAUGGGGGAGUGGAGCGAGGGUGGCGUCCAGCCGUACGGCCCGUUGCCCAUGUACCCCUCGGCCCAGGUGCUCAACUACGGGCAGGCCAUCUUCGAGGGGCUCAAGGCCCAGCGCUCGACCCGCGACCGCAUCGUGCUCUUCCGCCCCACCUCCAACGCCGAGCGCAUGCAGGCCGGCGCGGCGCGGAUGAGCAUGGCCGCGCCGCCCGAGGACCUCUUCGUCCGCGGCGUGGAGGCGGCGGUGCGCUCCAACGCCUCCUACGUCCCGCCCCAGGGAAAGGGCUCGCUGUACCUGCGCCCGCUGCUCAUUGGCUCUGGCCCCAUCCUGGGCGUGGGACCCGCCCCCUCCUACACCUUCAUCGUCUACGCUGCGUCGGUGGGCGCCUACUUCAAGGGCGGCCAGCUCAGCCCCAUCGACCUGCUGGUGGAGACGCGCCCCGGCCUGGGCUCGCUGGCCGCGGCCAAGGCCGAGGGCUACUCUGACGUGCUCUACCUGGACGCCAAGCACGACAACUUCCUGGAGGAGGUGUCCUCCUGCAACGUCUUUGCCGUGUACGGCAAGACCAUCCGCACCCCGCCCCUCGCGGGCACCAUCCUGCCGGGCGUCACGCGGCGGUCGGUGAUCGAGCUGGCGCGGGCCAAGGGGUACACCGUGGAGGAGGCCCCCGUCUCCGUGGCCGAGGCCCUGGCCGCCGACGAGGUGUUCACCACGGGCACGGCCGUCGUGCUGUGCUCGGUGGGGUCGCUGACCUACCAGGGCACCAAGCAGCGCUACGGCACCGAGGGCCAGCCGGGGCCCGUGGCGCUGGAGCUGUACGAGGCGCUGACGGGGCUGCAGCAGGAAAGGACGGAGGAUCCCUUUGGCUGGGUGCACCACGUGCCGCUUUGA